CUCCUCAGGAGGAGCAAGCGCCACUGUUUUUGUUGUCUAUGAGCACAUCGUCUCCACUUUCCUCCUCUCCUCCCUCGCCUGCUUCCUCGAAAAAGGGAAAAGGUCAACGAUCACAUUUCAGACAAUCGGCUGGGCUUUCUUGUUGGGCUUCUUACAGGUACCAUUAGGGCAGUUACUGCUGACAUGGAGUCUAAGAUAUGUGUCAGCAACUUUCCAGAACAUCAUAUUGAACACAAAUACGGCAGUGGUUUUUGUAAUGGCAGUAAUUUUCCGGCGAGAGAGUUUCAGGUUUUGCAGCAUCAAUGGCCAAGCCAAGGUAUGGGGAAUUUCUUUAUCGGUACUGGGGACUAUUGCUAUGGUGCUCUACACCAGAGAAACGAUACCUAAACAUCAAUCGUCAGAAAUUGGUUUUCCAGCCACCGGAAACCGGUUUAUCGGUUAUCUCGCCAAUUUGGUUUCACUCCUCGCUCUUGGUUCCUUGAAUGUGUUGUUGGAACAUGUGACGACUAAAUAUCAAGGAGAUAUGUCUUGGGCAGCCAUGAUCAGCUUCUGUGGAACCCUUCAAACCGUUGCUAUUGCAGCCUUCACAGAUAGGAGUUCCACUGCAUGGAAGAUCAGGUUGGAGGGAAGUCUUGAGGUUCUAACUAUCCUUUACGGGGGAAUAUUAAUGACUGGAAUAUGCUUUUAUGCCACAACAUGGUGCAUACAUAAGAAGGGGUCCGUUUUUGCAUCAGCAUUUGGCCCACUUAUCAUCAUCUUCUCCUUUCUCUUUGAGUCAAACUUCCGGAAAAAAGUUCAAUUUGAGAGCAUUAUAGGAGCUGCAUUAGUGGUGGUGGGAUUAUAUCUCCUUUUAUGGGCCAAAGCUAAGGAUAGUGGAUCAAAGAAGAUGACCGAAGGAAUUGAAAAUUCUACAACUAAACCUGCUUCUUUGUUACCCUUAUUAGGAGACAAGUUAGAUUCUUGUGCUUGAAU